UAUACUGUGAAUGUUUUGCCCCAGUCACAGCUGGGCGUAUUCAGCACCGAUUUCGGUGUGACUUUUGGCCAUUUCAUUGGUGUUGAUUUUCUCUUUUGGCAACCGGCGCAAGCGUUGGUUAAGCAGCUAGGCAUAACAGAUUUGAUAAAUCCAACGCAUUGGUUUAAUGAGUUGCCUUUCCUAACCGCUGUACAAUUGCAAGAAGGCUGGGCUUUUGCCAACGAUGUCAACUUGCUUGCCGCAGAUGCGAGCAGUCCAAGUAGCCAAAAUAGCGGCUCGGGUAUUUAUGCUGGACGCUCGGGACGCCUUGCAGCCGUCAUCUGUGAGGAACCUACUACACAGUUGCUUACCGCGAGAGUGCCGAAACGCGCCUAUCGGGACAGUUAUCAAAUGGUAACGACAAUACAACCCGCCUUUGUGCCACAACUUCAAACGCCACGUCUCACCAAACUCGAUCUGCAGCGCGACUAUAAUGUGGAUAUUUUUAAGACGCAGCUGUUAGAAGCUGAUUUCACGUCGGUUAAUGAAACUCUCUGCUACGAUAGCCAUUUCUGCUGCCACUUUCAAGCGAAACGCGCACCGGUUGCCAGCAGCGCGAGUACCCACACGGCUUAUCGCUAUCGGCUGGCUGCUUAUAGCGGCUCGCAGGCUACACUCCAACGCAUUGAAACAGCGGAAUUGAAAGUUUGUGCUGUGCUCGCCUGCACGAAUGGGCAGUUGUACAGUUGUGGGCAUAUCUUUCCUGAAAAUGUGUCGGUCGCUAAUAAAUACUAUUUUAGCGCGUUGAAAGUGAGCGCAAAAUUUGCGCAUGCGCCACGACGUCUAAUUAUGCCGACUAGCGUGGAUGGCGCUAUGUUGCCGCUGCCGGUGCACAUGUACGAGUGGCAAAUGGAUGAGAGGAAUAAAAUUACUACUGUAUCCAUUAGUUUAAGAUCGCCAAAAUUAGAUUUGCUCACUUUUGGUAUUUGGGCCAACUAUUUCAUCGACAAAGUGAGUCAACAUAAUUUGGACCCUAUAUGGCCACCAACUCAGCCUGUGAGCUCUACUGCUGCCUCGCUAAGCGGUUUUCAGCUUAUAACCGCAUUGUUGUUGCUGGUGUCUUUCAAAAAAAUCAAAUGAAACGAGAUGAGCUGAAAGGAAA